UAGCGAAAGUUCACAAACCUACGAUUCCUUUUAUCGCCAAACACAUGUACAGUUUUAGGAAGGAUAAUGAGUUUCUGUAAUAUGUGUGUAAAAUUUAGGUUACCACUGUUCUGUGUAGCCGCAGGUUAGCAAAAUGGAGCAGACAUCUGGUACCUCACAAGAACCCUUUCAAAAGGUACAGAGACGGAAAAAUAGAAAAAGAACACAACAAGAAAUGGAAACUGCUAUGGAAACUGAAGUUAUGAAGAGACCAAGUUUUCCACCAGCAAAAAAAGAAAAACUCUUGGAUGGUCAUGAAGAAGUGCGAAAAGUACCAAUUCCAGCUAACCGUUAUACUCCUCUAAAAGAAAACUGGAUGAAGAUUUUUACCCCAGUUGUAGAACACCUACACUUACAGAUUCGUUUCAACCUUAAAACAAGAAUGGUUGAAAUUAGAACGUGCAAGAACACAACAGACAUUAGUGCUUUACAGAAAGCAGCUGAUUUUGUUAAAGCGUUUGCUUUGGGAUUUGAAGUUGAAGAUGCAUUAGCACUUGUAAGAUUAGAUGAGCUUUUUCUGGAAUCUUUUGAAAUCAAGGAUGUAAAACCACUGAAAGGAGAUCACCUUGCUAGAGCUAUAGGAAGAAUAGCUGGUAAAGGAGGCAAGACUAAGUUUACUAUUGAAAAUGUCACAAAAACUAGGAUUGUGUUAGCUGACAGCAAAGUCCAUAUAUUAGGUUCUUAUCAGAAUAUUCGAGCUGCCAGGACUGCUAUUUGCAGCUUAAUUAUGGGAAGCCCUCCCUCCAAGGUUUAUGGAAACCUCCGACAGAUGGCAAGUCGACUGUCAGAGAGAUUUUGAAAGGAACAUUCUGUGAAUAUUUUGUAUAGAUAAAUCUAAAAAGGAAGUAAAUGUAGAUUUUCCCAAGCAUUAAAGAUUCGUUAAUGUUUCC